AACAUUCACACUUUUAGGUGAUGAGUGCAGAGAGCAAUAAAAGUAGAACAGUGAAGAUCUCAAGCAUUCUGUUUUCCAGUAUCACGUGGUAAAAGAUUUCUUUAAUCUUUUUAUCGAAGAUCCUUACCAUGCUGCCAACAGUUAAAAUUCUGGUAUUGGUCUUCCUUGGCAACGUUUGUCUUGCACCGUACACAGAUGGCCGAAUGUUCAAAAAUUACCAAUCUAGAGGAAGAUGGCUGACUGGAAGACAUAUGGGAUUUGAUGGGAUGCCUCCAUUCAUGGCACAGCGUUAUCAACAGUAUGUUAGAAGAAAAUUUGUAACUGAUGACGAUGAUUUUGAAGUAGACGGAAGCGGAAGUGGCAGCGGCGGCGGGAAAUCUGACAUUGAGGACUUACCCGGUCUGAUAAAUACACCAACAAUAAGACAAAGUGAAACUACAUCUGAAAAGAGUGAAGGUGUGUCAAAUCCUGUUUUCAAAUUCCGAUCCACCUCCCCGCCUUCUCAGGAAACCAAGAAAAUCUCCACAACCUCAAAAAUUCCUGAUGACGACCAAUCUACAAGCAGUAAGAAAACCAAACCUCACAAAGUUACAGUGUCAAACCCCAACGAGCCCCUUCCAAAGAAUAAAAAUACUCACUUGAAGUCUUCGUUAGGAACACCUGAAAGAGCAGAAGAAGGAGAUGGAUUGAGCCAGCAGACUAUUUACAUCAUCGUGGGUUCGGUGUCAGGCGGUUUGGGCCUGAUCUUAUUGAUUGUAAUGGCUAUUGUUCAUUUCAGCCGUAAAAAUGGCCAAGAUGGGUACAACCGCAACUUGAUGUAAGAGGGUCAUUCGUUUUUGCUGUAAUUCGGAAAGCAGUUGAAUGAAUAAUUACAAAAUACAGUAUUACAAACCCCAUAAACGAAAUAUAUUUUAAGUUGCAUAUUUUUAAGCUGUUAUUUUUAAUCAAUUCAUCAUGGUAGUUAGUUUUGUAAGACAAAUUGACUUUAAACUGACCAUAAGGACCUUCAAAGUUGGUGUACAAACUAAUAUUAUAGAUAAAUAUAUAUAUUUCUUAUAUGUAUCUUAUUCUUUAUCAUAUUUGCUCUUAACUUCAUAGAUAUGUACCUCAUUUUAUGCUUUUAUUAUGACAUUUAUUUAACAUUGUACCCUCUUUGUGAAAAAAGCCCUUGAUUUAAUUUGAAAUGCUCAUAGUAAUAUAACAUUAAAAAGACUUUCUUCACAAGUGAAUGCAUUAAUUGGAUAAAUAUUUCUAAUAAAUAUAUAAUUUCUCGUCA